CAACCAGGGCCUGCGCGGCAGGCCCAGCCGUCGUGCCGCCGGCGCAGCGUGGCGCGUGCUGGUCAGCAGAGGCCUGCUCGAGCUCGUCAAUGCCCACAUCAAGAAGAAGGACGCGGAGUCGACUGCCUCAGUGGACGUGGAGCUGUGCCUGCGCCUCACGCCCGCCGGCGAAGCAUGGCUGGCCGACGAGCGCCGCGGCGCAGACGAACGCGCCAACGAGCAGGUCGCCAAGCGCCUCGCUGCCGAGCUCGAGCGCCACCGCAUGCGCUCCAUUGCCGUCGAAGUGCCGUUUGAGCGCCAGAUGCUCGAGGUGAUCUGUGCUGCAGGCACGCGCGGCACGACGCUGCUGGAGCUCAAGAAGCACUUUGGCACAGACUCGCCGGCGAAGCAGCGUUCACUUGCUGCGCUGCUGCUGCAGAUGCAGGUGUCGGGCCGCGCGUCGGCGUACGACGACACGACGCUCAUCGCCGCCACGGACCAGGGCAGCGGGCGGACCAAGGAGCUGCGCUACUGGUCGCGUCCGGCGCAUCUUGCGCUGAUGCGGUCGAAUGCGCUCUUCGAUGAUGAGACGCAGGCGAAGUUCGUCGAGCCACAGGCGCUGCAUGACUUCACGAAUGCCACGCCGGUGCAGGAGUGGACGGACGUCGAGGAACGCAUCGCAGCCGUUCGCGUCAUACAGCGCGCCAACCUCGGCAGCGUAGCCCAGCACCGCCCGGCCUCGGAGAAGAAGUCGAAGAAGGCGCGCGUCAACCCCAUCGACCCAGUCACUGGCGUCGCGAAGCGUGGCCGGCCGCGCAAGACGCCCGCGGAGAAGGCGUCGACGUCGCGCGGCAGCGCGGAGAAGCAGGCCAAGAAGGACGCCACGGCCGCGGCCAAGGCGGCAAAGAAGGAGCCCAAGAAGCUAGGACGCCCAAAGAAGGUGCCGGACCCGAACGUGCCGCCGCCGGAGCCGAAGAAGAAAGGCAGGCCGCGCAAGCCGGACUCGGAGCUGUCGAAGGCCGCACUGGCGAGACGCAAGCGGCAGGAGAAGGCGGAUGCUGCCGCUGCUGCUGCUGGGCAGGCGCCUGAGGACGAGCAGGCCGAAGAGGAGGAGGAGGCGGACUCUACGAUGGCGGCUCAGGCUGGACCGUCGUCUGCUGGACCCUCGCGCGAGGCAGCGCCCGUCGAGCAGCCUGCGGCACCCGCUGCCGCCGACGUGCCUGACGAGGAACAGGCUGGUGAUGCCGCCGAGGCGCCGCCGCCGCCAGCCAAGCGCACCUCACGCGCACGUACGAAGGAGGAGCCGCAGGAGCGCAGCAGCAAGCGAGCUCGCCGCUCCAAGCUGGCGCCGGCCGAGGAGGAGGCGGCGGCGGCGGCGGUGGCCAACGACCCUGUGCCGCAGAUCGCGAGCACAAGCGGUGCUCGCGAUGUUGAGAUGCCGCCGGUCGAGGCACCGGCUCAGCCCGUCGACGGGCCGUCUCAGUCUGCCGAGGCUGCUGCGAGCACCGACGAAGGCGCACCAGUGCCGUCCGACGAAGCGUCUGCCGAUGCGGAGCUGCCAGCCUCUGCUGCGGACGCGCCUGCGACUCCGGCGCGGCGAAACGGCACGGCCAAAGCGCGCAAGAGCCAGUCAGCUGCCCCGGCCAAUUUCGCCAAGCGCCGCCGCGCUCUGCUGCUCGCCACGUUCCUGGAGCAGCACAAGUUCAUCUCGGCCAUUCGCGCCGCUGGCGUGCUGCGCAACUUCCUCAUCGAGCGCGGCGAUGACGACUUCACGAUGUUCGACGACACCAAGACGCGGCGCUCGACGUUUCAGUACCUCGAGGAGCGCGGCACGGCGAAGAGCGUGACGCUGGCGAUCAAGCAGGAAGGCGUCGACAGCCCCCAACAGAAGGUCUACUACCACGCAAGCACGUCCGAUGACGAACUGGCCGCGUACGCGAAGGAGUUCUUGCGCAAGGGCCUCGGCGCUCCCGCGCAGCAGCACGCGCUCGACGAGGACGUCGACGAGAUCGACCGUCCGGCGGGCAUGCCGAGGCGCCAGCGCCAGGUCGACCCGUUCCACAACGUCGACAACGAAGAUCUGCUGCGCGAUCCGCAGUACCGCAAGCAAUUCGACGACGAGGUGACGUGCAGCCAGCCGCAGGGCUACCUUUCCGGCGGCAUGGCGCGCCUGAAGCAGCUGCACCUGGCCGUGAUGGGCAUCUUCGAGGCGGACAACAGCGUCGCGGACGGCGACGAGAUCGACGCCGCGCUCGUCUCGCACGCCGAGGGCGUCAUCGAUGUGGAGCAGCUGCGCCUGGCCUCGCUGCCGGUCAGAGAACUGCUCAAGCUCGUGCCUUCCGAGCCGAGCCCGCAGCUGACCGCAGUGGCCGAAUCUGCGGACGAGAAGGCCCGCACGGCCGCACAGCUCGGCGGCGAGAUCGAGGAGUGGGCGCGCCGCGACUCCAGCCGCAAGGCCUUCGAUGCGCUGCUGCGCGAUCUCCAGCUGCUCGAUCUUGCGCAGCCGGUGCGCAUGCACAAGGACAAAGCGGUUGCGCUGCCUGCCGGCGAGCAGCCAGAGUCGAAGCUGUGGCAGUUCCACCGCAGCGAUCGCCGCCUGGUCGGCUUCGUCAAGGCGACGUCCGCGCCGCAGCUGCUCCCCAGUCCCAAGCCGCUCAGCACCGUCAUAGAGGCACGCCGCUUCUGGACGCUCAUCAGAGGCGCCCCCGAGGUGGUGGCGGAGAACGCCGACGCUGACGCUGACGAUGCUGACCCCGAGAUCGUGGAGCUUGCGCGACGCAUGCGCAAGAAUCACGCCUGGUCGCGCAACUAUCAGCUCUCGCCGCUGCAGACGCGCUUCCUCGCGCGCUUCGACGCAGAGAUGGUCGCCGAGCAGAUGCCGGAGCAGCGUCUGCGCAACAUCGCCGAGGUUGCCCGCGUGCCGCUACAUGUCGCAGUGGAGUGGUACAGCAAGAAGGCCGGCAUGCAGCCGCUCGACGAGUCGCACCCGCUCUUCGAUGCGCGCAGCAGCAAGCGCGCAAAGACCGGACCCGACGACGGCUCGUGGAUCAAGGGCACGGGCGACGUGCAGCUCGACUCGCUUGCGCAGAUCAUCGACGCCGCCCGAGAGGCGCCGGUCACCGUCAAGGGCGAAGGUGCGGCGAGACGCCAGUCGGAGGCACAGGCGAAGGCUGCGCGCAAGCGCGCCGCACGUGCCAUGCGUCAGGCAGAGGCAAAGGCGGCCAGGGAGAGAGCUGGCGGCAGUGAGUCGCCUGCGAGCGGUCUGCGGUGCUGCACUAGGCUGACGAUGUGCAGAGCGCAAGCGCGUCGUUCGCUCGAAUGUCGCCUGGACGCCUGCGCGCGACGAUGACCUGCGCGACGCGGUGGCAGUCAUCCGCGUGCGCGACGUCGAGCGUGGCAAUAAGCCCAAUGGGCGCCAGCAGAUGACGGCGCUGCAGCAGCUCUUCCCCGGGCACCAGAU